GCAUCCUUCCGAACGGCGAAAUGUAGGGCUGCGAUGCGGAGACACUGUAGUGUACUAGCAAGUCUCAAAAUGGCGCCAUGCUCCUUCUUCUCCUUCUGUCUACACACGAUUCAGCAUGAUCCUAAAGCUCUCCCUCUGGACUGCAGCAGUUGCAGCAACAACAUCAUGUUCUUCUCCCGGCCAAUCUCAUGAUGAGCUUCAUAAUGAUCUUACAGAGGCUUUUGCAAGCAGACAAUACUUCUACAUCGGAGGACAAUAUAUCAAUUAUACCUUACCAACAUCGAACACCACAAGCCGCUACAUGGUCGGCCAGAUCUAUGUCGAACACCUUAUCCCUCCCAAAACCACCAAGUCCAACCCAGUCGUAUUGAUACACGGCAAUGCUCAGUCAGGCACAAACUUUCUGAAUACCCCAGACGGGCGUGAAGGCUGGGCAUCGCAUCUGCUCCGCACAGGCUAUGAGGUCUACAUCACAGACCAAGCAGCUCGAGGAAGGUCACCAUACCUACCUGGCCAUGAUGGGGACUUGACGGCCUUUUCCACACAGCAAAUCGAAUCGCAAUUCACCGCACCAGAGAAGCGAGAUCCACUUCCUUAUCCUCAAGCAGCAGGGCAUACUCAAUGGCCGGGCGAAGGCACAGUUGGCGACCCCAUUUUUGACGACUUCUACGCGUCUCAGGUCCCAGCUCUGAUCAACGGCACUAUCCAGGCAUCCUACAACAAUGCUUCAUACACUGCGCUCCUCCAAAGGAUAGGAAGGCCUAGCUUCGUCUUUACACACUCUCAAUCAGGCCCUUGGGGAUUCCAGCUCGCAGAUACCGUUCCUCAUCUUGUCCAAGGUCUCGUGAGCAUGGAGCCGCAAGGACCUCCUUUCCAGAAUUGGAUAGGUUCACCAUUUGCACAAGGCUACACUACUACUGGUGGUGCCCGGCGUUAUGGCCUCACUAAUCUACCACUACAUUAUGAUCCACCGCUUGAGGAUGACGAUGCAAGUCUCUUGCGGACAGAGGUCGUGCCUGCAAGGAACUCGAACUCUUCAGACUGUACAAGACAAGCCGAGCCGGCGAGACAGCUGGCUCAUCUGUCACACGUGGCACAUCUAGUCUUAACUGGUGAGGCGAGCUAUCAUGACGUGUAUGAUUACUGUACAGUAAAUUACAUGAGGCAGGCAGGAUUGGAAGUAGAUUUUGUCUCCCUCGGCGACGUAGGAAUCCACGGCAACGGACAUUUCCUGUUCUUGGAAAAGAACAGCCUUGAGAUUUUGGAGAAUGUGGUGUUGCCAUGGCUUGAGGCACAGACCAAGUUAUAGCCUCGUCUCAAAGACAUUGAAUGCGAAUCUCGAAUAUUCUUUUCUCGUAGUGCUUGCGUAUCAGCGACCUGCCGUAGUCGGUGCGCUUCUCCCUCCAUAUCGCCUCGCGUGCUCGCCGUAGCCACAUUGCAGCUCAUGAGAGUAUCCGUAUCUCGUUCCGCUCACGGAGAUUUCCAGCCUUUUGCCCACAUUCGGACGUGCAGCUGGCUUUUGGUCAAACUGUGUAAGCGCAUGCGGUUCAUGGUUCUGUGUCAUGUCUGCACGC